AUGGCCCAGACACCACCUCAUAGUUCCACAACGGAAUCGCAACCGCAUACAACGACUGAACAGCCUGCCAGUCAGACUCAAUCCAAGACAAUCAAUCACACGACACAACCUCGUCUCGCCUCGACGACGACGACGACGGCUAGAGGGUGCGCUGGCCUACGCUUCCCUCACUACCAAGCCGCCUACGCACAACACCUGCUCGACAUCCAAUCGACUGCCGCCGUCAACUCAACGUCCGCCAGCGUCCUCCUCGUCUUUUCACCCCACUCGUCAUCGCCCGCCAUUCCAGCAGCGAUAGAGGCUCAGAGGAACUCCACCUCGUCGGUGGCAGCUCCCGCCUUCCCCUCAAAGGCGCAGCUGGAAGCAGAGUUGGCUGCUGAGCAGCAGCAGCAAGCAGCGGCGGCGGCAGCUCAUGCUCACUACGAUGCCCCUCACGGAGCUUUGCGUCGCCCUUCGUCCUCAUCCUCGCCGACAUCUGCAUCGCCUGAUCGCCAAGACAACGGUCCCAGCGAGCUCACUCUGAUUGCCUACUCGGCAUUCAUGGGUCUGAGUAGUCUCAUCUUCGGAGGUCUCACGCUGUUGCAAGCUCGCAACAGCAACGAUGCUGAGGGCGCAGAAGGUGCCAGUGGCAAGCCGCUCUCUUUUCCGGAGAUGUUGCUGCAAGGCGCUAGCCUCACCUUCUCUCGCCUUUUCAAGAGGAUUGCUGCCGCCUUCCUCAUCGUGUUCAGCAUCGAUACCAAAGAUCUAGUGACUGGUCUUCUCAUCCUUGUCAUAGUCCUCGUCGUCGCCUAUUGGACCAAGCCGUCCGACGCCUCUUUUCGCAACUACCUCACCGGCCUGUCGCUGCAUCAGCAUCUUCGCCACAUCCAAGACCAGCAAAAGGGCGGAUCGGCAGCAGCAAAGACAUCCAUUGCCAGGCAGCCAGCCUCUGCGGCGUCGGAGCAGGCACUGCCCUCGGAUCGAACGUCGCCUCACGUACUCACUUUUGCCAACCGUAUCUCCAUCUCGCUCCGCACCCCGCCGUACGUUCGCCAUGACUAUGCGCUCUUCAGCAUCGUUAUGGUAUCGCAUCCCCCGAGCCCCUGUGCUCCUGGUCUAGCGUAUCCGGCGUCACGUCAAGCGAAGAGUGCCUGCUCGACGUGCAAUACGCCGGACGCCGCAGUCCAUCGUCCGCGCAACUCAUGGUACGUUGGCGUAUUUGGAAGAUGGUGGCAUGGAGCUAGUGAGGUAACAGAUCUGCAGCAGACUAAUAGCAACCGCAGCGGCGAUGUGGGUAGGAGAGGUGGCAAGAAGGGAGUUGAUCGAUCUGCAGCGGUAGGCAAGGGGGUCGAAUAUGGCGUGCUGGAGAUGAAGACUGGUGAUGCGGAUCAGCGCCAGGCAAGCAGAGAUGAUGGACGAGCGCAGGAUGAUGUGUUACCCCACGGCCAGCAGAGCGCUGCCGUGGCAGCCAAGGCAGCGAAGCGCAAGACCAAGAAUUCGCUACGUCUACGCGCGUCGCAGAACACCGCUCCACCCACAGCAGCUGCCCGUAGCACGGCAAUCGCAGCUCAACGCAACAUGGCCGAUGAUCUCCCGUCGCCGCAGCACGUUCAAUCGGAUACGACCCAACCUCCCCGCGCCGCAGAAGGGGCAGCUCCGAACGCUGCCGAGAGCAAAGAUGCCACAGCGCUUCAAUCCGACAUCGAAGAGCUGCGUGCCCAACUCGCCUCACUCAAGGGCUCAACCGACUCUACACAAUCCCAGCUGCAAGUCCAACUGGAAGAGCUUCGCACCCGCAAAAAGGACGACGAUGCAGCUCGUGCAGAUCUCAAGGGGAAGAUGAAGACACUUGACGAGGGGAAGCGAUCCGCCGAAGCUGCGAAGCGCGACGCGGAAAAGAGGCUGAAGGCUGCCCAGCAGGUGCGAGAAGGUUUGCAGAAGAGGGCAGACGCUUCAAGGGCUGCGCUUACUUCGUUCCAGGAGAGGGAAAAGGCAAGCGCCGAGAGGCUGAGCAAGGCUUUGAGCGGCGGGGCAGAGCGUCGCGCCGAGAUUGAGAGGGAGCUGGCCGAGAAACAACAGAGCAUCUUGGAUGCUGAGAAGGCUCUGGCCGAGGUUAAAGACAAAGUUGAGCAGUACGAAAAGGUCGUCCUCGAAGAGCAGGAGAAAGUCCAAGCUGCCGAGACAUCGCUGCAGGCCAGAAUGAAGACUAAAGCUCAGCGGGCCGCCGCAGCUGCGCAAGCUGCGUACCAGGCACAACACCAGCAGGCUCAGCAGGCCCAGCAGCAGCAGCAUCUUAUGCAGCUCGCUCAUGCUGACCAGGUGGCUGGCGGAGCGUACGGGAGCCAGUAUGGAUUUGGCGAAGAUGAUCAAGCGUGGCCACGUGGCGAGGAGAACGAGGGGCUGUACCAGCCAUUCGCACCUCUUGCUGGGCGACGAGCGUCUGAGGAUCAAUUCGGCAGAUCAGCUACUGGCUUCUACCCUUUCGGCAGCUCAGCCGCCGACGCCUAUGUCCCCGGAUUUCAGCACCAGCAACACGGCCUCGACCAGCACUCUUCGCCCUUCGGCACCGACAAUGCUCCUCUACCUCCCUCGCACGGCGCCUACCACACUCCUCGCCACCCGCGCAGCAUGGCGGACCUCUCGACCCGAUACGCGGAAGACUCUUCCACCCCAUACCAGCCCAAGCACGCAGGCUUCCCGCCCGUCUCACCCUUCAGCACCGACCUUCUUCCGUCCAAUCUCUUCCAGUCAAUAGAGGAUGAGGCCGGCCAUCCGGCCGGUACGAGAAGCAGGAGCGACACAAUUGAGGCUGCGAUGGGCAGGUUCGGGUUGGUUGAUUCAGACACAUCCGACGCGGAGGGGCAGGGCCCUGCAGAGGGUGGUGAGCAGUCAGAUCGCGAGACGGUGGAUGGUGUCCUAGACGGGGAUCUCCUCCAUCCCUUGUCCGAACACGAGAGCGAGGAUGAGGUUGCCGCUGCUGCAGGACGUGAGGCUGCUAGCCAGCGUGCCAGAGUGAAGCCAGCAAGAAGCUGGUGGGGCUCGACCAAUCGGGCGAACAGGCAAGCCAACGCCGGCGCUGGGGAAGACGCAGACCCAGAGGACGAUGACGACCACGACGAGUCCACAGGCGCGGCGUCCGGCAAACGCAAGUCCUUUGGGAUGUUCCCGCGUCUCCUCAAUCCUGGGGCUCGCGCCUUCCGCAGUGCCUCUCGCAAGCAGGCAGACGCGGAUGCGCUUCGCGGCCUUCAGCCUAAUGGUUUUGGGUCUGAAGGCUACCUUGGCCCGCCUGGAGCACGAGCUGGCGUCGAAGGCGGCAGCGCUGCGGCAGGUGGAGCGGGGGCUGGACAAGGAUCAACACCAUUUGACGCGGUCCUCCGAGCAUUCGAAGCCUCGAAUCCACCGGACGAAGAAGAGGGCCGGAGAUCCUGGUCAGCCUUCGAUCAGUGGAGCCAACGUCAAGGCCUACCUUCCCGACUUGCAGGUCCAGGACAUGAGCGCACCCCGUCUGGUGGCCUGUCUGCAGCGAAUGCGAAUGCUUCACCUAUCAUCCCGUCGGGACUGGGGCAGGAACCCUUCAAUGGAUGGUCAGAGGACCUCUUCCAACCUCUCGGACGUACGACCUCAGCCGGAGCAAGCAUCGGAAGCAGCGCGCAAUCACAACCUGACCUCGCUGCGACCGCCUCGGCGUCGCCUGCUACCAGCCGAAACAGGUCUCGCUUCGCGUUCUGGUCGCAGAACAGCAAAGGGUCACUCAAUAGCCUCAGCUCUGGGGCGAGUGCGAGCGGCAAUGGGGGUGGAGCGGGCGGAAAUGAGCGCGGCGCUUCUCGGGAGCGUCUCUCGACGUCAGCCUCUUCCUCUUCCUCGACCAAUGCCAACAAUCGACUCCCCGCCACCUCUCCUCCGGGCGCCGACACGCCUACAACGCCUGGGCAGGAAGACGUCUUUGGCUCCCUUGGCGCCGACUCGACGAGCGAGGCGGCCGCAGCGUCUCAACAGCUGGGCACCUCGCCUGCCUCCAUCGUCUCGUCGUCUUCUCGCCCUGGCGCCGAGCCGGGCUCUGCCAAGCGCAGGUCCUUCAGGUGGCCCAAGAGGCAGAACUCGUCGUCUACGGCAGUGGGAAAGGUGGGGAAGGAAGCUAGCUCGGCGGCAGGUGAUGAUGUUGCGGAGGAGUAGGCUGGCUCUCCCUCAUCGCCGCAUCCAACGCUCUUGUCCUCGUCGUCGCUCGCUGUUCAGAGGUCGCAUGCCUCAUUCAUUUCGUCCUUUCAUCCAAGUCUCUCCCUCUCUCGUUGUCAGCCCCGUCCCCUUUGCCACGCUUCGGCGCUUCGCAAUGCAUCGGAUUGCUGCCUCUGCCUCUGCCACGCUCUGUCAAGCCUUGCCUGCUCUUCCUCACCCUGC